AUGGUUUUUUUCGAGGUGAGCUCUGGCGCCCCCGUGCGGUCUGAGAGGGAAGUGUCGCUGAGUCUGACUCAUUUCUGUGAACUUCAGAGGCAUGGCUCUUCUACAGAAAGAAGUAAAGAUGCAGCUCUGACCCUGCAGAGUGACAGCUCCAUCAGAUCAGACUCAGAUCAGACUCAGAUCAGACUCAGAUCAGUCUCAGAUCAGACUCAGAUCAGACUCAGAUCAGUCUCAGAUCAGACUCAGAUCAGACUCAGAUCAGACUCAGAUCAGACUCAGAUCAGACUCAGAUCAGUCUCAGAUCAGUCUCAGAUCAGACUCAAAUCAGUCUCAGAUCAGACUCAGAUCAGACUCAGAUCAGAUCAGACUCAGAUCAGUCUCAGAUCAGACUCAGAUCAGUCUCAGAUCAGUCUCAGAUCAGACUCAGAUCAGACUCAGAUCAGUCUCAGAUCAGACUCAGAUCAGACUCAGAUCAGACUCAGAUCAGACUCAGAUCAGACUCAGAUCAGACUCAGAUCAGUUUCAGAUCAGACUCAGAUCAGUCUCAGAUCAGUCUCAGAUCAGACUCAGAUCAGACUCAGAUCAGUCUCAGAUCAGACUCAGAUCAGACUCAGAUCAGUCUCAGAUCAGACUCAGAUCAGACUCAGAUCAGACUCAGAUCAGACUCAGAUCAGACUCAGAUCAGACUCAGAUCAGACUCAGAUCAGUCUCAGAUCAGUCUCAGAUCAGACUCAAAUCAGUCUCAGAUCAGACUCAGAUCAGACUCAGAUCAGAUCAGACUCAGAUCAGUCUCAGAUCAGACUCAGAUCAGUCUCAGAUCAGUCUCAGAUCAGACUCAGAUCAGACUCAGAUCAGUCUCAGAUCAGACUCAGAUCAGACUCAGAUCAGACUCAGAUCAGACUCAGAUCAGACUCAGAUCAGACUCAGAUCAGACUCAGAUCAGUUUCAGAUCAGACUCAGAUCAGUCUCAGAUCAGACUCAGAUCAGACUCAGAUCAGUCUCAGAUCAGACUCAGAUCAGUCUCAGAUCAGACUCAGAUCAGACUCAGAUCAGACUCAGAUCAGACUCAGAUCAGACUCAGAUCAGACUCAGAUCAGACUCAGAUCAGUCUCAGAUCAGACUCAGAUCAGACUCAGAUCAGACUCAGAUCAGACUCAGAUCAGACUCAGAUCAGACUCAGAUCAGUCUCAGAUCAGACUCAGAUCAGUCUCAGAUCAGACUCAGAUCAGACUCAGAUCAGACUCAGAUCAGACUCAGAUCAGACUCAGAUCAGACUCAGAUCAGACUCAGAUCAGACUCAGAUCAGACUCAGAUGAGCUGUGUGGACAGGAGCUGUGUGGACAGGAGCUGUGUGGACAGGAGCUGUGUGGACAGGAGCUGCGUGGACAGGAGCAGUGUGGACAGGAGCUGUGUGGACAGGAGCUGUGUGGACAGCUGUGUGGACAGGAGCUGUGUGGACAGGAGCUGUGUGGACAGGAGCUGCGUGGACAGGAGCUGUGUGGACAGGAGCUGUGUGGACAGGAGCUGUGUGGACAGGAGCUGUGUGGACAGGAGCUGUGUGGACAGGAGCUGUGUGGACAGGAGCUGUGUGGACAGGAGCUGUGUGGACAGGAGCUGUGUGGACAGGAGCUGUGUGGACAGGAGCUGUGUGGACAGGAGCUGUGUGGACAGGAGCUGUGUGGACAGGAGCUGUGUGGACAGGAGCUGUGUGGACAGCUGUGUGGACAGCUGUGUGGACAGGAGCUGUGUGGACAGGAGCUGUGUGGACAGGAGCUGUGUGGACAGGAGCUGUGUGGACAGCUGUGUGGACAGCUGUGUGGACAGGAGCUGUGUGGACAGGAGCAGUGUGGACAGGAGCUGUGUGGACAGGAGCUGUGUGGACAGGAGCUGUGUGGACAGCUGUGUGGACAGGAGCUGUGUGGACAGGAGCUGUGUGGACAGGAGCUGUGUGGACAGGAGCUGCGUGGACAGGAGCUGUGUGGACAGGAGCUGUGUGGACAGGAGCUGUGUGGACAGCUGUGUGGACAGCUGUGUGGACAGGAGCUGUGUGGACAGGAGCUGUGGACAGGAGCUGUGUGGACAGGAGCUGUGUGGACAGGAGCUGUGUGGACAGGAGCUGUGUGGACAGGAGCUGUGUGGACAGGAGCUGUGUGGCAGGAGCUGUGUGGACAGGAGCUGUGUGGACAGGAGCUGUGUGGACAGGAGCUGUGUGGACAGGAGCUGUGUGGACAGGAGCUGUGUGGACAGGAGCUGUGUGGACAGGAGCUGUGUGGACAGGAGCUGUGUGGACAGGAGCAGUGUGGACAGGAGCUGUGUGGACAGGAGCUGUGUGGACAGGAGCUGUGUGGACAGGAGCUGUGUGGACAGGAGCUGUGUGGACAGGAGCUGUGUGGACAGGAGCAGUGUGGACAGGAGCUGUGUGGACAGGAGCAGUGUGGACAGGAGCUGUGUGGACAGGAGCUGUGUGGACAGGAGCUGUGUGGACAGGAGCUGUGUGGACAGGAGCUGUGUGGACAGGAGCUGUGUGGACAGGAGCUGUGUGGACAGGAGCUGUGUGGACAGGAGCUGUGUGGACAGGAGCUGUGUGGACAGGAGCUGUGUGGACAGCUGAGCUGUGUGGACAGGAGCUGUGUGGACAGCUGUGUGGACAGGAGCUGUGUGGACAGGAGCUGUGUGGACAGGAGCUGUGUGGACAGGAGCUGUGUGGACAGGAGCUGUGUGGACAGGAGCUGUGUGGACAGGAGCUGUGUGGACAGGAGCUGUGUGGACAGGAGCUGUGUGGACAGGAGCUGUGUGGACAGGAGCAGCGUGGACAGGAGCUGUGUGGACAGGAGCUGUGUGGACAGGAGCUGUGUGGACAGGAGCUGUGUGGACAGGAGCUGUGUGGACAGGAGCAGUGUGGACAGGAGCUGUGUGGACAGCUGUGUGGACAGGAGCAGUGUGGACAGGAGCUGUGUGGACAGGAGCUGUGUGGACAGGAGCUGUGUGGACAGGAGCUGUGUGGACAGGAGCUGCGUGGACAGGAGCAGCGGUGGACAGGAGCUGUGUGGACAGGAGCAGUGUGGACAGGAGCUGUGUGGACAGGAGCUGUGUGGACAGGAGCUGUGUGGACAGGAGCUGUGUGGACAGGAGCUGUGUGGACAGGAGCUGUGUGGACAGCUGUGUGGACAGGAGCUGUGUGGACAGGAGCUGUGUGGACAGGAGCUGUGUGGACAGGAGCUGUGUGGACAGGAGCUGUGUGGACAGGAGCUGUGUGGACAGGAGCUGUGUGGACAGGAGCUGUGUGGACAGGAGCUGUGUGGACAGGAGCUGCGUGGACAGGAGCUGUGUGGACAGGAGCUGUGUGGACAGGAGCUGUGUGGACAGGAGCUGUGUGGACAGGAGCUGUGUGGACAGCUGUGUGGACAGCUGUGUGGACAGGAGCUGUGUGGACAGGAGCUGCGUGGACAGGAGCUGUGUGGACAGCUGUGUGGACAGCUGUGUGGACAGGAGCUGUGUGGACAGGAGCUGCGUGGACAGGAGCUGUGUGGACAGCUGUGUGGACAGCUGUGUGGACAGGAGCUGUGUGGACAGGAGCUGCGUGGACAGGAGCUGUGUGGACAGGAGCAGUGUGGACAGGAGCUGUGUGGACAGGAGCUGUGUGGACAGGAGCUGUGUGGACAGGAGCUGUGUGGGACAGGAGCAGUGUGGACAGGAGCUGCGUGGACAGGAGCUGUGUGGACAGGAGCUGUGUGGACAGGAGCUGUGUGGACAGGAGCUGUGUGGACAGGAGCUGUGUGGACAGGAGCUGUGUGGACAGGAGCUGCGUGGACAGGAGCUGUGUGGACAGGAGCUGGUGGACAGGAGCUGUGUGGACAGGAGCUGUGUGGACAGGAGCUGUGUGGACAGGAGCUGUGUGGACAGCUGUGUGGACAGCUGUGUGGACAGGAGCUGUGUGGACAGCUGUGUGGACAGCUGUGUGGACAGGAGCUGUGUGGACAGGAGCUGUGUGGACAGGAGCUGUGUGGACAGGAGCUGCGUGGACAGGAGCUGUGUGGACAGGAGCAGUGUGGACAGGAGCUGUGUGGACAGGAGCUGUGUGGACAGGAGCUGUGUGGACAGGAGCUGUGUGGACAGGAGCUGCGUGGACAGGAGCUGUGUGGACAGGAGCAGUGUGGACAGGAGCUGUGUGGACAGGAGCUGUGUGGACAGCUGUGUGGACAGGAGCUGUGUGGACAGGAGCUGUGUGGACAGGAGCUGUGUGGACAGGAGCUGCGUGGACAGGAGCUGUGUGGACAGGAGCAGUGUGGACAGGAGCUGUGUGGACAGGAGCUGUGUGGACAGGAGCUGUGUGGACAGGAGCUGUGUGGACAGGAGCUGUGUGGACAGGAGCUGUGUGGACAGGAGCUGUGUGGACAGGAGCUGUGUGGACGGAUGGCAGCAGCACUUUCCGCCCCAAGGGCCAGGCUACCAGCUCUUCGGGACCACGACUAUUAA